AUGGCCGGAGAACCCAACGACCAAACCCCCAUCCCGCCGUCGAAAAAGGCGACCAUUCCGGCCCAUAUGAAGGCCAUGUCGGGUUCUCUGGGAGGAAUCAUGGAGGCUUGCUGUUUGCAGCCAAUUGACGUCAUCAAGACCCGGCUGCAGCUCGACCGGACGGGGGCUUACAGAGGAAUCGUCCACUGCGGCUCCACGGUGUGCCAGACGGAAGGCGUGCGUGCUCUGUGGAAGGGUUUGACCCCCUUUGCCACUCACCUCACGCUGAAAUACUCGCUACGGAUGGGCACCAACGCCGUGCUUCAGUCUGCUUUCAAGGACUCCCAAACCGGCCAGCUCAGUAACCGUGGAAGGCUUCUCUCUGGCUUUGGCGCUGGGGUUCUGGAGGCUCUCGUUAUCGUUACUCCCUUUGAGGUGGUGAAGAUCAGACUACAGCAGCAAAAAGGAUUGAGUCCAGAGCUUCUAAAGUACAAGGGUCCGGUGCAUUGCGCCCGCUUGAUAAUCCGCGAGGAAGGCAUCCUUGGACUGUGGGCAGGUGCAGCGCCCACCGUAAUGCGGAAUGGCACAAACCAGGCUGCCAUGUUUACUGCGAAGAAUGCAUUUGAUGUGUUCCUGUGGAAGAAACACGAAGGGGAUGGGAAAGUACUCCAGCCAUGGCAGUCUAUGAUCUCAGGGUUUCUUGCAGGAACAGCUGGUCCCAUUUGUACUGGGCCUUUUGAUGUAGUCAAAACCCGGCUUAUGGCCCAGAGUCGAGAAGCUGGUCAUGCCAAGUACAAUGGGAUGGUUCAUGCUAUCAAGACGAUAUAUGCUGAAGAAGGGCUGCUUGCCUUGUGGAAGGGAUUGAUACCCAGACUGAUGAGAAUCCCACCUGGCCAGGCCAUUAUGUGGGCUGUGGCUGAUCAGGUUAUUGGUUUGUAUGAGAGGAGAUUUCUACCCAAUGCACCUUUGUAG